UUAUAGAACGGAAAAAAUAAUUUAAAUUUAAUUAUGAAUCCUUUAGAAUAUGUCAUCUUUUCAUUGACCAAAUAUACUUAUUUUAUAUUUUUGGCUUUGAUGCAGUGCAUGUUUGCCGCUUGCAUAACCUUACUGAAGAAACUAUAAGUAAUGGACGGCCAAGGCCUGAAGACCAGGACUUGGUCAUAUGGAAAUAUUAACACCAUUAGUUUGUCUGCUUUCAGAUCGUUCUAUAUAUAAUUAUGUAUAUGAAACAGGCAAAUAUUUCCAUAUGCAUAGAGCUAGCAACGGAUUGAAAAAAAGCAGAAUCUUGUCAAGAACAUAUAAUUCUCAUGAAGAAAUGUUCAGUGCAUCUUAGACGAUUUGCAAAACUUUGCAUAAACAUCCAAAUCCACAAUAUCCCACAAUGUAUCCUCAGCUCUGCUCUGUUGCAGAGGCUGCUCUCUCUAUAUAUUCAGACCAUUCCUCUCGUCUAACUCCAACCAAAGCCCAAAAAGUGAAUAAGAUCAACUCUCUGUUUCGUUUUGCAUAUGGAAAACAAUUCAUAUGUUAAGCUUUUGCUCCUUUCAUCUCUCGUUUUGGUUGUUCUAACUGUAACAAGCCAUGGUUUCUCCAUUAAAGAAGCAACGAUUUAUGAUCUCCAACUUGCUUUUAAGCAAAACCAACUCACUUCCAGGCAACUCGUUGAGUACUACAUUGGAGAGAUCCGUAGACUCAACUCAGUCCUCAAUGGUCUCAUAGAAAUAAACCCUGAUGCGCUCUAUCAGGCUGAUAAGGCUGACUAUGAGCGCAGGGUCAAGGCACAAGGUUCACUGGUUGGUUUGCAUGGCAUCCCUAUCCUGCUCAAGGAUAACAUCGGAACCAAGGAUAAGCUGAACACCACAGCUGGUUCAUUUGCACUGUUUCGAUCGGUUGUGCCUCAAGAUGCAGGUGUGGUGAUGAAGCUCAGGAAAGCAGGAGCUAUCAUUUUGGGAAAAGCUAGCAUGACUGAGUGGGCUGCUUUCAGAUCUCUUACCCUGCCUAAUGGCUUCAGUGCUAGAGGUGGCCAAGGAAAGAAUCCUUAUGUUCUAUCAGCAGAUCCUUGCGGGUCAAGCAGCGGGCCAGCAAUAUCAGUAGCAGCAAAUUUGGUAGCUGUGUCACUUGGGACAGAGACUGAUGGAUCUAUCUUAUGUCCUUCCAAUGCCAACUCUGUUGUGGGCAUAAAACCAACAGUUGGUCUCACCAGUCGAGCCGGAGUUGUUCCAGUUUCUUUCAGACAGGACACCAUUGGGCCUAUCUGCAGGACAGUUUCGGAUGCUGUCUAUGUCCUUGAUGCCAUUGCUGGUGUUGAUUACAAUGAUGGUGCGACCAAGGGAGCAUUGCAGUUCAUUCCAUAUGGUGGCUAUAAGCAAUUUCUCAAACCUUAUGGGCUUAAAGGGAAGCGACUUGGGGUAGUAAGGAAUCCAUUCUUGAAUUUUGCUAGUAAAGCUGAGAGUCAAGCUUUUGAAUACCAUCUUCAGACACUAAGACAAAGAGGUGCAGUUGUUAUAGAUCAUUUGGAAAUUGCCAAUAUUAAUACAAUCUUGAAUCCCAAUGCAAGCGGUGAAGCUGUUGCAUUGUUAGCCGAGUUCAAAAUCUCCCUGAAUGCUUACCUGGGAAACCUGGUGGCUUCUCCAGUCCGAUCCUUGGCUGAUGUUAUAGCUUUCAAUCAAAAAUUUGCAGAAGUGGAAAAGAUUCAGGAAUUUGGCCAAGACAUCUUUCUAGCAGCUCAGGCUACAAAUGGAAUUGGCAACGCAGAGAGGGCAGCAUUGGCGAAUUUAGCUAAACUGACAAGAGAUGGUUUUCAGAAGUUGAUGUGGGAUAAUAAGCUAGAUGCACUUGUGACUCCUGGAGCAGGAGUUGCUCCUGUUCUUGCAAUUGGAGGAUUUCCAGGAAUUAAUGUUCCAGCAGGAUAUGAUGACAAGGGGGUGCCUUUUGGCAUUAACUUUGGAGGACUAAAGGGUACUGAACCAAAGCUAAUUCAGAUUGCUUAUGGGUUUGAGCAAGCCACAAAGAUUAGGAAGCCUCCUGUGUUCAAGCCUUGAGUUCUUUUCAUCAGAAAAGAAUAAAUGUUAUGGAAGCUUUUUUUCAUAAAAUCUCCAGCAAAAAAUACACAAUUUUCCUUCUUUUC